GUUGCCACAUCAUCCGUGAUUCGUUUAUUUAUUUUUCUAAGUUAAAAAUUUAUUUUGAAAUUUAUUAUUUAAUGUUGUUUUGCUUUCAAAAUGUCGUGGUUAAGUACCAGUUUUUCGGAAAAUUUGACAAACAUAACUGGGCAAAUCUCUACUUUCACGAAGGACAUGCUGACCGAAGGCACGGUUGAAGUGGAAGAUCAUGAGACAGAACUAAAGAUUGUUAAAUCACGUGUUAGAGAACUGGAAUUAACUCUGUUCACACAGAGAGAAGAGUAUGACAGAGUGAAGGAACUCAAUCAUGAGCUUGAAGAAAGAGCUGAAGCUACAGAACUUCAGAUCAGCAGUAUUUCACGUGAAUAUAGGGUAUUGCUACAGGAAAAGGAGAAUGAAAAUGCCCAGUUAAGAGAGCAAUUGGAAACAUGGAAAGAACAUGGUUCAAAGCAACCGCAUGAGAGAUUACCAAGUUUUAAUGAAGAUUCCUUUGUUGAAAGCACGAGUCAGGAUGAGGUUCAAUACCUCAAAUCACUUGUGAAUAAACUACAAGAAGAAAAACAACAGUGGAGUAAACAGAAUGAGUCAGAAAAUCUUCACAAGGAACUGGAUCAUUACCAGCAUGAGCUGGCGACCUUACACACAACAUAUUCUCAGAGGAUUGCUACACUGAACAAAAAACACAAACAAGAAAUUGAAGAACUGGAAUCUUUUCAUCAGGAAGAUUCAAUAAGAAUACAAGAACUUGAGCAGCAACUUGUCAAAUUUGAGAAAAAUGUGGAGAAGACAGAGGACAUUGUUCUGGAAUCUGAAAGUGAUUUUGAGAUAAUUAAAAAAGAGUCAACUGAAAGUGACUUACAUGCGCUGUCAAAUGAACAAUCGUCGUCCUCCGUGACCGAAUUGAAAAUCAUAAUUGACCGUCUACAGUCUGAAAAUAACGAGCUUAAAGAAAAAGUUGAUCAAUUUGUUCUCGAGGCAACACAGAAGGAUUCCGAAAUAUCUUCCUUACGACAGGAAAAUAGCGAUUUGAGUGAAAAACUAAACAAAGCUCAAAAGCUUGAGUCUCAAGGCUUGCAAACGAGUGAUUCUGGUUCAGAGCUAGCUCACUUGCAACAGGAAAUACGAGAGUUGACGGAACAGCGUGAUCAGGCUGUUGUAUCUGAGGCUCAAACCUCGGCAUCGUUGGAGAGUUUACGAGAAGAACUCUCAAGACUUGGUGCUGUCACAAUGGAACUCAUGAAAGAAGUUGAACAAUCACAAGGUGUCGAUAAAGAGAAAAGCAUUGAGAUUGAAUCUUUGAAGAAGCUUUGUCAAGUUAGAAGAGCUUCUGAAGGUGAAGGUAGUGUGGAUGAGGUGAUGAAGUUGAAAGACAUGUUAGCAGUACUUUGGCAGAAAUAUUCUUCAGUUGUCCUUGAAAACGAGAAGGUCAGGCUUGAUGUGAUCAAUAUAAAACGAAGACUAUUAAACCAAGUGCAGGAUAGACAUGGCGACACGAAAUCUCUGUUGAACGGCCUGAGCGAGGCGCGCACGAAGCUGACCAAUCAGAUUGAAGGACAACAGGAAGAGAACACUAUGGAAAAAGAUCAACUGAUCUCCAUGAUGCCUGGAGUAGAGAAUGAUAUCGAAGACCACGAGGAAAGUUUAUCUCGACUUUCGCAACAACAUAAUGAAAACAAGGUCGCAACUAGGGAGAUAGUCAAUGAUUUUGGUAGACGAUGGUCCGUCAGCAACCAUGUUGCAUCCCUACAGUCUGAGAAGGCAGUUCUCGAAAGAACUAUUGUUGGCUUGGAAGAAAAAGUUCAAGAACUGGAAAAGCGACUCGAGUGCAGUGACACAUCUCGUAGCAGUGUCUCUACCGUUGUGUCGGUUGAUUCUAUUAGAGCUGCACCUGAUCUACAAGAAGAUGACGGCGUCUUGACGUCUACACCUCCAGAGUCUGCAGAAUAUGGGGUUUUGACUCAGAAUACUGGGGAGAGCCGUGAAAACACCAGGGAAGAUGAUGACAGCAAUCAUAAUGAAGGUUAUGAUAAUUGCUCUAAUGAGGGUUCUAAUGAAGUCGCUAAUAAGGAUUAUAAUAUGUUGAUGGAUAAAUUAAGAGAAUACGAGGAGAUGAUUCAAGAGUUUGAGUUGAUCAAAGAUGAUUGGGAAGGGGAAAAAGAAGCCUUAGAGAAUGUCGUUGUUCAACUUAGACAGAAAUUAAAAGAGGCCACUUCAGCUGGUCAGAUAUCACGCGAGAAGGAGAUACGAUAUAUAAAUGAUAUAGAAGAAUUAUUAGUGAAGAAAAACUAUGUUAGUGAUGAAGAGUUGAGAAUGGCAGAGAACUCAAGAGAAGAUCUUGUUCUUUCGUAUGUUCUGGAUUGGUUGAAAAAAGACAAGAACCAUCAGGAAAUGAUCGUUGAAGCGAGAGACGCUAAUCAAUGCUACAUGUCUCCCGGUACAGGAAAUGAUCCUUUUCAAAAUGAGUUGGGAAUCGUGAGUGAGGAAAAUGCCAAAGAUUGUGAAGUUAUGAAGAAGCCACUACCGGAUGACAUUACGAUUGAUCAGAGUGACAGCUUGAAUGAACUACAUGCAACGAAAACAGAAUUAUCAACUGCUCGAGACGAACUCGACCAGACUAACGCGAAGUUGAACGAGACUUUGAGCAACUUGGAUAAAACCAGAAUCGAAAAUGAGAGACUCGAUGUUGAAGUUGGGGAAGCCACGGAAAAAAUGUUGGAUUUACAAUCGAAGUUGAAGAUGUUGAAAGAUGAUCUUGAAAAUAGUGAAAUGAACUUUAACCUCACGAUCUCUGAGAAAGACAAAGAAAUUCAUAAGCUAAGAAACACUGUUGAACAACUGCAAGAGGCUUUGUCGAAUUUUGAGAAUGACAAAGGAACCAUUGUUUUACAGCUUCGAAACAAGAUUGAAAAUCUGCAAAAGGAAUUGGACGAAGUGAUGUUGUCGCGUGAAACCAUGGCAACUCAGCUUCAGGAAAGUAAACAAGAAGUGACGUUGAUUCUGGAAUCUAGAAAUUCUCUCAACACACAACUUUCUGAAAUGGUGCGAGAAAAAGAACGAUUGUUAGAAAUGGUGAAUGAUAGAGAUGCAAGAAUCGAGGAACUGCAAGACGCUUAUGACUCUGUUGAUCAGAGAAUUACCUUCCUUCAAGACGAAGGAAAAGGGAAAUCAGAGGCAUUUAGUGAAUUGAGCGAAGAAAAUUCACUUCUGAAGGAGGAAAAAUCUGAUUUGUUUAGUUUACUGGAAACAAAAGACAUUGAUCUGAGUAACUCUCUGCGUGAGACUGAAAAAUUAUCUGAACUUUUACGUGAACAAGAACUAGCAAGCGAGGAAAUGAAAAGACAGAACUCGGAACUUGCUCAAGAAUUAGAGAAUUGGAGAGUUCAAUUAGAUCACAUCAAACAAACCAAAGAAACUUUGAACAAAGAACUGGAUGCAAAAUCUGAAGAAAUAAUGAGCUUGAAAGAGAACAAUAUAGAGCUUUCUAAUCAGAGUUACGAGAACAACGCUGAGAUUUCUCAGAAGUUAAGCAUGCUUGAGGAAUUGGUAUCUGAGAAUUCGUCAUUGAAAUCUAAGAAUGAGACACUAAUCGAGGCUUUAUCAGAGAAAAGAAUUUCCGAGAAAGAGAUGAUGGAUUCUUAUAAUUUACUUGUGCGUGAAAAGGAGCAACUUGAUGCGAGCUUUUCUACGAAAUCUGCUGAAAUGGAUGUGGAAAUUCGUAGAAAAAUUGACGAAGUCGAGGUGCUUCGUUUAGAAGUCGCUAGACUCACCAAGCAAUCUCAAGAGAAAGAUCACGUAAUUCGGACUCAGGUAUCAGCAAACCUAGUCAGCGGUAGUGAUAAUGACGUCAUCCCAAAACAAGAACACAUUCGUCGUAUCUUGCAGGAGAAAGAUGUGGAGAUUGACGCGUUAAGGACUAAGAACGAGUCUUUGUUGACUUUGUUUGCUGAAAACGAAGAUGAGAAACGAAGGUCUGGCGAGGAACGCGAGAAGCAAAUAACUUCAAUGUUGGAGCGAGAAGCGAGAAUGUUUAAUGAAAUUAAUGAAAAGAAUGAUCAAAUAAUCGCACUUGAAGAUCGCCUGGAAAUGUUAAACAUAAAAUCAGCGAGCAAAGAUCAAGCAUCAGCUCUUAUUCAUGCUGAGCACCAGAAGUUAUUACAUCUUAAUGAAUCACAAAGCGAGGAAAUUGGUCGGUUACGUGAGAAAGUCGCUACUCUUGGAUUGCUUGUGGCUGAAAGAGACCACAGCGUCAGCAGCGAGGUGCAGAGGUUACGACAGAGAAACUCUGAUCUUCAAUCGCAAGUUGAUGCAUUACAAGGAGAACAGGAGAGACUCCUGGGGUUAGUUCAUGACAAGGAUAAGCAAUUAUUGAGACAUGAAACACCAAAUAUUGUGCAAGAAACUCCAAUUGGGAAAAGUCAACAAGUAGUUGUUAACGCCAUGCCCUCGCAGGACUUAAAUAACCACCUGUCAAGUUUUACACAAGAAACGCUUGUUGGAAGAAGUCCAGAGGUACUAGGCUCUGGGUUUAGUCAUGCAAACCUUUCUCAAAAUCAGGACGAGGUGCGAAGACUCUUUGAGGAAAACCAAAAACUAUCCAAAGAGACAACGACUUUGCGAAAUUCCAUCGCAUCGUUGAAUGAUUCUGUUAAGACUGAGAGAAAGAACAAGGCCAGUCUGGUGCAGGAAAAUAACGUCGUCAAUCAACGUUUGCAGGCAUUUCAGGCGACAAAGAUGGAAGACGAUAAACAUUUGAGACGACUUCAACUUGAAGGAGAAAAGCUUCGAGAAGAAUUGUCCGCAAAAGAAAGGCAGAUAUUAGCAGAAAAAGAAGAGAACAACAGACGUAUUUAUGAGAUUAAUACUCUAAGAAAUGAGAAGGAAGAAUUGCUUCUAGAACAGAGUUCACAAGUUGAGGGACUGCAGAGCAAGCUUAGUUCUUUACUUGAUGUAAUAAGUAGCGAUGUGGAUCUUAAAGAUGAACAAUUUGAGAUACUUGAAAACCGAGAGGAUUUUGAAAAACUGGUAACUAGAGUGAAGAGCCAUCGUGCGAAGUUGCUAAGCGAUAAGGAAAAUGAAGUACGAUGUCUCAAAGAACAAGUGGAAACGUUGAGUUCUGUCCAGAAUAUUUCUAAUCCGCAAUUAGAAGCAAAAUUAGAACAGUUUAUGCACGAGAAAGAUGUGAUGAACCAGAGAAUGGUUGAAGUGGAAAAUGAGAAAAUAGAACUACUGGAACUAAAGGAAAAUGAAAUGACGUCACUUCAGACGCAAGUCGUUGAUCUUUCCAAUAUUUUGAAGCAGAAAGAAAGAAAAUGGUUGGCUGAGAGAGACGCUUUCUCGGAAAAGAAUAAAUUGCUAGAAAAACGAUAUCAAAUACUGGAACAAGAAAGAGAUUCUCUGGUCGAGAUGAAAGUGAAAUCUGAGAAUGAAAUAUCAAUCUUGCGGGAUGAGGUUACGACACUGACCUCUUCAGCUGAUGAGAAACUGGACGUUGUUUUACAUGAGAAAGACAGGCGUAUCAAAGAUUUAGAGAGAGAAUUGGAACAUUUGAACCACAGAUGUUCCCAGAGUUUAAAAGAAGCGCAAGAUAUGAAGAAUGAGCUGGAAACUAGUAAACAACUUACACAAGAGUUUGAAAUGAAAAAGGAAAAAGAAUUGGAGAGAUUACGGACUCAUCUUUUGCAGGUUGAAGACAGUUACACCCAGGAAGCUUUGGCCAGCGAGGAACGGGAGAAUGAAUUACGGAAUCAACUAGAACAAAUUCAACAGCAACUGUUGACCAGCUCUCAUUCACUGCAAGACAGCAAUCGCACGGCAUCGAUGAGAAUGGAGAACCUUCAGGAACAAUUAAUAAACAUAACCGCUCACCGUGAUGAAGUGCAGGCUCUGUUAGAACAAUCCCAGGAACAAAGUCUUCAGUACAUGAGAAGUGUUGAAAAUCUUCAAAUGGUUCUAGAACAAUUCCAACGAGAGAAAGAAUCAGAACUACGAAAUUUACAUGAAAAGAAUCGAGAGCAGUUGAACGAGGUCAGGAAGGAAGAGACGAGAUUACGUGAAAGAGAACAUGAAUUACAGCAAUUAUUGGAGAAUGCCUCAGACACGCUCAACAAAGCAGAAAGAAUGAGUCAAGAUCUGAAAAUCAAGGAAGACGAGAUUGAGAGUUUGAAGCUCACGAUUGGAAAUUUGGAGUUGGAUUUACAAUCGAGUCACGACAAGUUACGAAAGCUCACGAGCAAUAGCGACAACAGGAUUGAAAAAGGUCUGAUGAAGAACAUGUUGCUCGCAUAUUUCAACACAUCUGAACACAAACGAUGUGAAGUCGUUGGUAUUCUUGGUCAUAUACUGAACUUCACUGAGGAAGAAAUUAAAAAGGUUGGCACUGGUUCUCACCCACUUCAAUCAACUGGCUGGUUCUCAGGCCUUCUCUCAUACUCUGGUAGUAAUCAGUCCCAACAACACGAUAAGUCGUUCUCAGAAUUGUUUGUGAGUUUCUUGGAAAAGGAAUCAGAGAAUCAGCUUAUGUCUCAAUCCGAACUCCAGCCUCCUUCAUCCGGCACCAGGCCUUCACCGGCUGAGACACGACCGACUAAAAGUGUGACUGCAAUCCCUGCUAGGCUACGGGAUUCUCCAUUACCCAUCAGUCCACUUGCUUCUUCAACACCUCUUGGAAAUACGAGAUCUGUCACACCUUCAUCUAAACCCGUCGUGACUAACCCACUACUGAUGAAUGCUGGGAAAGAAGGGGACGCUGGUGGAGCGAAUGGGACAGGAACUGUUGACAAUGCGUUGCUUGGUUCGUCGUUACGAGCUUCGCUGGAUCUUCCCAAGAUUUCAACAUCUUCCUCGACUGCCCUCAGGCAGAUCUUGUUCAACAACUGAACUGUGGAGUUGCGCUAUCAAUGUCGGUAUGAAUCACCCAGAUAAUUAGCUUCAAACGUAUGCUACACAUCCCCAUUAGAUAGCCACCAACCAGGAGAUUGAUGAAAUCUCUGUCAGACGAUUGUGCUUUGCGCAGUAAAGAUUUCUAUUCGCCAAAUUAAAUAGUAUUAUUUUUAGAUAGAAAUUGCACAAAUAUGCGGCAUAUUUUCAACCGAAUAAUCAAAUCAAUGAAAUGCGAUAUAAGUAUAUCC